GCAGCGCUCGAGGCGGCGAACGUCACAGCCGUCAGUCCCGACAGAGCGCAGGUGAGACGUUCGCCGUUUCCUGCCGGCAGCAGGUCGUCGGCCACGUAGCCCCUCGCGCUCUACGGGCGAACAUGGCCGGCGGCGCGUGGCGCGCGACGUCGUGGAGCUUCCUCCUCGCCGGGCGAAAAUCCAACCUGCUGUUCUUCUCUCUGCUGUCGGUCGGGACCCUGCUGAGCAGUUUCAUCGAUGGCGCCGAGGCGACGCCGGAGACGGGACAGUGGGAAAUCACCAUGUUUAACACAUCGAGACCUUCGCUUUUGAAGAAAUCCAUGUACUCCGGCACUGAUAUCAAAUUAAAAAUAAAAUCCUUUGGUUGUCCUGAAGAAGUCAAGUUUACCAUCCACUGGUAUCUGAAAUAUCAUCCCUGUCACAAUGAAUAUAACAAUAUUGAAGAAAUGUAUGAUAAAACGGCUCUGAGUCGCGGGGAGUCGCUGGACCCGGUGCCUUUUGCUCCUGGGGAGUACAUUGAGCACAAGCACCCGCCAGUGACGUGCAACAAGGAGAUGCGUAUUUUCCCCAUGCUCAAUAAAACAAAAGCGUUACCUCUCGCAGUGGACGAAAGUCAGCUCAAUAACAAGCAGAGUUUAAAUUACACCGGAUGGAUAGCAGAUGAACUGGAACCAGGUUCCUCUAAGGAGCAUGUCAUUGCCACCACGUGGAGAGAUGGGCCGUAUCUGCUGGUUGUGUUAAUUGAAUCAACGAAUCCGAAGGGCAACUGGAAUUUAACUGUCAGUGUUGUGAUGAAGGGUUCUCAUGGUUUCAUCUCCAUAACUGAAUGGCCACUCAUGAUUUUCUACAUGGUGAUGUGCAUGGUGUACAUCCUGUACGCUCUCUUCUGGUUCCUGUGGUCGGCCUGCUACUGGAAAGACCUGCUUCGGAUCCAGUUCUGGAUCGCUGGUGUCAUCUUCCUGGGCAUGGUUGAGAUGGCAGUCUUCUGUGCAGAGUAUGAGAACACCAAUGCAGUGGGCUCAGCCUCCCAAGGCCUGCUGAUCUUUGCGGAGCUCGUCUCUGCUCUGAAGAGGACGUUGGCUCGUCUCCUGGUCAUCAUCGUCAGCCUAGGUUACGGGAUAAUCAAGCCUCGCCUGGGGACCGUCAUGCACAGAGUGGUGGGUCUCGGUGUCCUGUAUUUUGCCUUUGCUGCCAUCGAGGGAGUCUUGAGGAUUACCGGGGCCAAGGACUCCGACCUGGCCCUGCUCGCCAAUAUUCCCCUGGCUCUGCUUGACUCCUCUCUCUGCUGGUGGAUAUUCGUCAGUUUGGCCCAAACCAUAAAGACGUUAAAGCUAAGGAGGAAUCCUAUGAAGUUGUCUCUUUAUCGGCACUUUACCAACACGCUCAUCCUCGCAAUCAUAGCUUCCAUUAUUUUCAUGGUAUGGACAACGAAAAAAUUUCGGCUUGCUGAUUGCCAGUCUGAUUGGAAGGAGAUCUGGGUGGAUGAUGCUUUCUGGAGGUUCCUCUUCUCUAUCAUCUUGAUUGUCAUCAUGUUUCUAUGGAGACCGUCAGCAAACAACCAGAGGUAUGCCUUUACUCCAUUAAUUGAUGACUCAGAUGAUGAAGAAAUUGAGGAGUUCUUGGUUUCCACAAACUUGGGUGAAGGCAUUAAACUGCGAUCAUCAAAGUCUGAAUCAAACGGAACAACAAAGCCUCCCCCAAGUGCUGAUGAAGACUUGAAGUGGGUUGAGGAGAACAUACCCAGUUCCCUGACGGACGCUGCUCUCCCAGUUCUUCUUGACUCGGAUGAGGAAAUUAUGACAACAAAGUUUGAGAUGUCGAAGAUGGAAUAACAAGCUGCUUCAUGCUCUAUGAAUAAUACGUUGCUCUUUGUUGAGUGUUGGUCGGGAAUGACCUUCCAGGCGAAAGGUGGUGUCUAGGAUGUCAGUACAAGGCCCUCCUGCCUUUCCCGAUUUAAAGAGUCCACAUGUGUUUCCAUUCCGCCGCACCCGUGUGUACUCCUGCAUUUUUAUAGAUUUACUGUACUCAUUUAAGGAGAUAUUAACGACUUUGAUGGUGCAUUAAACACAUCAUAAUCGGAUAAUAAUCCAUAAUCGAAUGUUCCUGGAAACAUUGUUAUUAAAAAAUUGGCCAAAUUGAGGAAACGUUCAUAUGUGCAGAUGUUUAUUCUCUGUUACCAGUUGGAUUUUUGUAGCUCAGCACAACUUGAUGUAUUCCAAGAAUUACAAUAAAACACCUAAAAACUAAUAACGUAAUACAAAAACAAAAAAUUAAUUGCCAAUGACCAAAGUCUUGAGUUAUACAGUUCAAGGUUCUGAGGAAGUCUUCUCCUUUGUAUUGAAGUACUGUGUGUAUACUGUGUGUGAUAUCCUUGGUUUGCACAUGUCUUUGUUUUUUGGCUGGGAUGCAACUGCAAUUAACGUUAUCCGUGUGAACCAUUGCAGUACGGGUGUGUUUGCAUUCAUCUCUAUUUAAGCUGUAUUCAUAAAGCAAUUAAUAUUUAGAAAAUACACUCGGUUUUUGUAGUGUUUGGGAAUUUAAUGGUUGCACUUUUUGGGGGGGGGUGUUUGCGAGUAGGAAGUUUGUUCCUGAAGCGAUAUAAGGCAAUAUCAGAUUUCGACUGCAAGGUUUACACUGCUCUGCAGAGGUUAAUGUACUUUAAUUUCUUGCUUUAUGUGAAAGUGUACUUACUCCACUUCAGCCAUUCGGUCUGUUUUAUUUGAACGCCACAAAUGCGCGAUGGCACUGCUCAGUUACUACACAGGUAUUCUUUACCAUUUGCCUUUGGUUUUGUUUACCCCGUUUUACAAACGUGCUUUUAUAUUAAUUGCACAUUGAAAGAUGGAUCGCAUCUUCACCACAUCUCUCUCUUGUUCUUGCUCUUCAGGUAGAGGUGACACUGGUCAGGUGACAAUACUUUAUGAAUAAACCUUGUUGUCUUUGUAUGUGACUUGUGUUCUCUGAGCAACAUCUCUCUGUGAACAGCGUUGAUGUGUGUACUCUGGGUAGGGCUCAAACAUGCACUAUGUAUGUACCUGUUAGAAUAGUGCAAAAUGAAAUAUAAUAUCUUUACAUACAGGAACUCCAGAACACAAUAUAGAUUCCUGCCUGAAGGGGAAUAUCUAAUGUGAAUAAUAUUUGAAACCUUUUCCAUUGUUUCAAUUAUUUUUGCCACUGACGGUGUGCGACUUUGUGACGUUUUGUUUGAAAUGGAUUAAUUUGUAUGUAUUUGCUAAAACGGUGAGUUUGAGUGUUUUGGCACGUUUUCGUCAUUCCCUUUAUUUAACUCCUGGUGUUGCAGGAUGUUCACAUAGUAUUGCUGUCAUGUAAUUCUGUUUAAAAAUCUGGGGUUGAAAUGCUCUGCUUUUUUUUCUCCUUUUUUUUUUUUUUCUUUUCUUGGAUUUUGGGAAAGCAUCCUGUUAAGAGGAACCUGUAAAUCUAUAUUUAUAAUGUCUGGUUGGCUCUGAGAACAGGUGUCUCAUUUCCUUUUUUCCAAUAUUGAUU